AUGGACUGGAUGGCAGGCUAUUCCAUGACUGGCCUUUCUCGCGAAUGGGUCUUUGAUCCCUUUCGUUUGUUUCUUUCUGACGAAAAAAUUGACUUGUUUCUAGUUCAUAUUGGCGGAUUAGCAUUCGAUCUCUCAGAGGGUUUUCUUCUUGCUUUCGACAAGACCCGUCCUAUUGGAAUAUUUUUUGGUGCUAUGUUUCAUGGUAUGAAUUCUCAGAUUUUUGAGAUUGGUAUGUUUCCAUACGCCAUGAUGGCUACCAUGCCUCUGUUUUGCGCUUACAACUGGCCAAAGAAGGUUUUAUCCUGUCUACCUAACUUCAUGGCUAGGAUUCUACCAUCGCUGGAUGAUCCCCAAACUAGUACACACUGUGUAUAUCCAGUAUCCACCGUGAGUGAAGAUAAACAGCAGCUUGAUAGAGAGAAAACAGCAGAGAAAAAUCAAACCCCUGGAACAAAACACAAAGCUCUUGUGUUAAUUGUACUAACUUACAUAGGAAUACAGCUCUUCCUUCCAUAUUCACACUUCAUAACUAAGGUAAUUUUCUCCUUUAUUUCAGUCAUAGCAUCUUAAGUUUACUCUGAUAACACUAGUAUAUUUCUAUAGACUGUUUCUCCAUCAAAAGUAACCCUAAGGUCCCGUUCAUAUGUAGAAAACUUUUCCCGAGUAGAAGGAUUUCGUUGUGUAAAUGACACCCCUCCACGUGAAAUCUAAUGCUAACAUUAUGCAGGAUGUUUGUGACAUGAACCCAGCUUAGUAAUUUUUGCUUCCACGAGUCUCCCGUAGCUUAGUGAUAGAGCAUUAGGACUAGUAACCAGGCCCCAGUUGUUCGAAAGGUGGAUAACGUUAUCCACUGAAUAAAUCUCUAACCAGUGAAUAACACAAUUGGUUUUCCUAAUACUUAUCCACUGGAAUUAACAAUUAUUCCUCGAGCCCGAAUGGCCUCUGAGUCAAUAGGCCUCAUGGGCUAUUGACUCAGAGGACACGAGGACGAGAGGAAUAAUUGUUUUAGUAAAAUCCAACUAGUUGGUCAAAAAUAUCGACACAAAACAACUAUAGCUAGCAAAACGCGAUUCAGCCACCAUUGUUCUGGUUUUUAAAGCCGGCGCUUUUCGCUACUAGUGAGCUAUAACAUAUAGCUUAGUAGUAGCUCCACCAAUCAGAAGGCAGCAUUGAUAAUAGACCAUUAGGUGGAUUUUACUAAAAGGAUUUAUCCGGUAGAUGGCGCUAUCCAUGACCUUUUGUCCCCUGUUGUUCAAACGUUAGGUUCAACUCCUAUCGGACGAACUUGAAUUUCGUCUUUUCCGAGUCAUGUGAGGUGAAACUGAUAUUAAAAGCAUAAUUGUCAAUCAGCUUAUUAUCUUUUCUGUUGUAGGGAUAUAAUUCGUGGACUCAAGGUCUGUAUGGCUACUCCUGGGACAUGAUGGUGCAUUCAUGGAGUACUCAGCAUGUUAGGGUUAAAGUAGUGGACCAGGUGUCAGGAGAGGUCACUUUUAUAAGGCCC